CAAGCCUCUUCCGGGCAAAAUGGCGAUGGGGUUAAUGUGCGGCCGCCGGGAGCUUCUGCGCCUGCUGCGACCCCAGCGCCAGUUCCACAGCGUCGCAGGGCCCUCGCAAUGGCCCCGGAAACCGCUGACCCCCGGGCUCCUGUUCCCAGCCGGCCGGGGCUUGGGGCGCCCGCGCUACGUGCUCAUCGCGGCCGCCGGCCCCCGCUCGCUCAGUGUCUCUGCCGUCUCGUUUGCAGGAGCCCAGGUUCCACCUGCUCCUGUUGUCCCUGCAACUCCUUCAGCCUCAGUGGUACCUGAGGUGCCUUCCGAGACUGCGGAUGUAAUCCAGGCUGCUGCAGAACAGAGCUUCACUGAGCUGGGCCUGGGGUCGUACACCCCAGUGGGACUGAUUCAGAAUUUACUGGAAUUUAUGCAUGUUGACCUGGAGCUACCAUGGUGGGGGGCCAUUGCUGCAUGUACGGUGCUUGCCCGCUGCCUGAUUUUUCCUCUCAUCGUGAAAGGCCAGCGGGAGGCAGCCAAGAUCCACAACCACGUGCCUGAGAUCCAGAAGUUUUCCGCUCGAAUCCGAGAGGCCAGGUUGACAGGAGACCACGCCGAGUUGUACAAGGCCUCGUCAGAGAUGACACUUUACCAGAAAAAGCAUGAUAUUAAACUCCUCAGACCUCUCAUUCUACCUCUGACUCAGGCUCCGAUCUUCAUCUCCUUCUUCAUUGCCUUGAGAGAGAUGGCCAACCUUCCUGUGCCCAGCCUGCAGACAGGCGGCCUUUGGUGGUUCCAGGAUCUCACCGUGUGUGAUCCCACCUACAUCCUGCCGAUGGUGGUCACUGCUACGAUGUGGGGUGUGCUGGAGCUAGGUGCUGAGACAGGCAUGCAAAGUUCUGACCUUCAGUGGAUGCGAAAUGUUCUCCGAGUGAUGCCCCUGGCAGUUUUGCCCAUAACCAUCCACUUUCCCUCCGCAGUGUUUGUGUACUGGCUCUCCUCCAACCUGUUUUCCCUGGGCCAGGUGGCCUGCCUCCGGAUUCCUGCCGUACGCACUGUACUUAAAAUCCCCCAGCGUGUUGUGCAUGACCCUGACAAAUUACCUGCACGAGAGGGCUUCAUAAAGAGCUUCAAGAAAGGCUGGAAGAAUGCCGAGAUGGCGCAUCAGCUUCGAGAGCGCGAACGACGCAUGCAGAACCACUUGGAGCUGGCGGCCAGGGGUCCUCUAAGGCAAACCUUUACCCACAACCCUCUGCUACAGCCUGCAAAGAACCACCCUUCCAACACCCCCAGCAGCAGCAGCAGCAGCAGCAGCAGCAACAGCAACAAACCAAAGUCAAAACCCUGGAGUGACACGAUUGGCUGAACUGUGCUGCCUCCUCAUUCUGGCAGGAACUGUGUCUCUUCAAAGACUCAUCCUCAAAACGAGGCUUAAUGCCAUGUCCUUGUCCCAGACCUAGGAACCGUGGGACAUGGAGAUGUUCACUUUUACGUCCAUUUUUAGAGUGGCUCCCACUACAGACUUUAAUGCCUGCAUGUAAGAGAGUGCACUGGGGAGCCAAAUGAUCUUCCCAUCCACAGGGUUAGUAAACCUCUGUACUACGUGCUGCUUCCUGACACUUUUCUGUGUGCCACAGAAAAAAAGGAUACAUUUGGUCAUGACUGCUCUCGCUGACCUGUGCCCUUUGGGGAAAUGUCUUAGUCUUUAAAUUAAGCAUUGAGCAUAAACCUCUACUCCAUAGAUGUGUCUCUGUACCCACAUUUGCAUCACAGUCAUGGAAGUAUAAGAUUAUAUUAAAAAGGGAUGGCGCUGUGGCGUAUUGGGUAAAGCUGCCACCUGCAUGGCCAGCAUCCUAUAUGGGCACUGGUUCGAGACCCAGCUGCUCCACUUCUGAUCAAGCUCUCUGCUAUGGCCUGGGAAAGCAGUGGAAGAUGGCCCCAGUGCUUGGGCUCUUACACUCAUGUGCGAGACCCAGAAGGAGCUCCCAGCUUCAGAUCAGCCCAGAUCCUGCUGCUGCAGCCAUUUGGGACGUGAACCAGCAGAUGGAAGAUUCUCUGCCUCUAACUCUUUCAAGUACAUACAUAAAUCUUAUUUUUAAAUUUUAUUGCAUUAUUACCAAUGAGUGUCAAUACUACUUUUUGGUGUUUUGUUUUUAUUGUUGUUGUUUUUUUUUUGACAGUUAUAGACAGUGAGAGAGAGGCAGAGAGAAAGGUCUUCCUUCCGUUGGUUCACUCCCCAAAUGGCCGUCACGCCAGUGCUGCGCUGAUCCAAAGCCAGGAGCCAGGCGCUUCCUCCUGGUCUCCCAUGCGGAUGGAGGGCCCAAGGACCUGGGCCAUCCUCCACUGCCCUCCCAGGCCACAGCAGAGAGCUGGACUGGAAGAGGAGCAACCGGGACAGAAUCCAGCGCCCACAUGGGAUGCCAGUGCCACAGGCAGAGGAUUAACCAAGUGAGCCACAGCACUGACCCCAACAAAUUAUAUUUAAAUGUAGUAACCACAUUUUCUUAAAGAUUUAUUUAUUUGGAAGGAAGAGUGAUAAGGAUGGAGAGAGAGAUCUUCCAUCUACUUGUUCACUCCCUAAAUGCCUGCAACAACUGUGCUAAGCCAGGUGUCAGGAUGUGAGUGGAUGACAGAGACCCAGGCACCUGAACCAUCAUCUGCCACUUCCCAGAAUGUGCAGUAGAAGAAAGCAGAAAGGGAAGCGUAGGUUGGACUUACUCCCAGGCACCCUAAGCAGCAGCUUAACCUGCUGUGCCACACCUGCCUCAGUAACUAUACUAUUUAGACCCCAAAAUUUUCCUUUAAGGAGUAGAUUUGGGGCCGGCAUUGUGACAUAGGAGGUAAAGCUGCCACCUACGAUGCUGGCAUCCCAUAGGAGCACCAGUCCCCAGCUAAUGGCAUGGGGAAAGCAGUGGAAGAUGGCCCAAGUGCUUAGGCCAUCCUGGCUUCUGGCUCCAGCCUGGUCCAGCCCUGGUAUUGCAACCAUCUCAGGAGUGAACCAGUGGAUGAAAGAUCUCUUACUGACUUUGAAAUAAAUCUUUAAA